GUGUCCUGUCCGUCCUGAUGUGUGCUGCUCUAAUGAGUGGGUGGGAGGGUCAGGCAGUGCGACAAAUAAGGACACGGUUCCUGCACGAGCUUUCAUUCUCACUUUUAUUUGCAAGUGUGCUUUGGACCCACAGCUGCCUAAAAUGCGCUAAUUAACCAAACAGGAUUUGCUUGUGCUGUGUGUUUACGCUGGAAUAAUAAACUUUCUCAGCAAAUGUUUUCAAGGGGCCCUUUCUCAUGUGCCAAAGACGACAUGAUUCACUGUCUCAGAUGGACUGUUUUCCUGUGGGUCGUAAAUUCCAUUCCUUUUGCUUCAGGAAUGACAGUGAAUGAGAGAAUGGAUCACACAUGUCCGCCCAUGAAGCUGGAAGAGAAAUGGCAUACCAAUGUGAACAUACACAGAGAAUUCACAGGGUUUGAUUUAGCUGAGAAGUUUCUUAGAAAAGGCACUGUGACGGACAACAGGCUGUUGUUGAGACUGGGAAGUAAGCCCUUGUUUAAACCAACAGAAUCUGUGUUCCCAAAUGGACUUUCUCAUGAGUACUCCGUUAUCGCCACGUUCCGGCUCAGAAAAACCACAAAGAAAGAUCGCUGGUUUGUUCUGCAGAUCUUUGAUAAAGGUGGAGAUACACAGGUGUCAUUAAUAGUGGAUGGAGCUAAAAAAACAGUAGAAUUUUUGGCUCAGGGUUUUCUGAAAAACAGCCUCCUGUACGUGUUCAAGAACCGAGACCUGCAUGCUCUCUUCGAUCGACAGUUUCACAAGCUUGGUGUGUCUGUCGAGAGCAAUGCUGUCUCCAUCUACCUGGACUGCAAAUUAAUUGAGCGUCAGGUGACCGCUGAAAGGUCUGGCAUGAACGUGAGCGGACGCACAUUCAUCACCACUCGAGUGGAGGAUGGACGUCCAGUGGAUAUUGAACUUCAGGAGAUUCUGAUCUUCUGUGAUGCUAGAAUAGCCGACCUGGACAGAUGCUGCGAUUCUCCUGGUGUUACGUGUGAACCUGUAGUGACCCACAACCCCACAGUGGCCCCACUGGUCACAGGAUACCUCCACAGAAUGCUGUCCAUGCCAGCUCAGCUGCCCAGCGACCGAUGCCACUGUCCUGCUCUGAAGGGGGAUCAAGGGCUUCCGGGUUUGGCAGGACAUUCUGGACAAAAAGGAGAUAAAGGAGAAAUGGGUUUGAAAGGAGAUCCUGGACCUCAAGGCCUACCUGGUCUCAAAGGUGAUAAAGGGGAUCCAGGCCUGCCAGGUCCGGGAACACUCUCGGUACGCAUCUCGCUCCAUCCUACAGCAACACUGCAUGUUGAGCAGCAAGCUCAAAAAGGGGAGCAGGGUCCCCCGGGAAUUCCUGGAGAAAAGGGAGACGCUGGCCUGCCCGGUCAACCAGGAGCACCAGGGAAAGAGGGCAAAAGGGGUCGACGGGGGAAAACAGGAGAUCCAGGGACUCUAGGACCACCAGGUCCACCUGGAACAUGCGAUGCGGAAGCUGUUAAGGGUAUGAAGGGUGACCUGGGUGUCGCAGGAAUGGAUGGACAGAAGGGCAAUAAAGGGGAUCCUGGUUUGCCUGGCCUGGAGGGAACCAGUGGAAUAAAGGGCCAAAAGGGUGAGGAAGGACCCAGAGGACUGCCAGGCCCCGUGAUGACAGCACAUGGACUGAGACUUUCUGGACCUGGGGAAGGAGGUGAGAAAGGCCAGAAAGGAGAGAAAGGAGACCAGGGUGAAAAAGGUUUUGAUGGCUCAAAAGGUCUACAGGGCAAUACUGGAUUGCCUGGACUGACAGGGGCACCAGGACUUGAGGGAAAGCAGGGUCCGCCUGGCCCUGUUGGCCUCCGUGGUCUUCCAGGAGAUCAGGGCUCUUCCGGUCAACCAGGAAUGCCUGGAAAAGAUGGAAUGAAAGGAGAAAAGGGUGAUACAGGCGGAGCGCCGGGACCGAUAGGCCCCCCGGGCCUCAAGGGUGAACCUGGUGAGCCCUGCUCUGUCGGACCUUGCAAUGGGGAGGAGGUUGCGUCUGGUCUUCGGGGGUUGCGGGGCCCUAAGGGUGAGCGAGGUGUGCCUGGAGUCCCUGGAGAUGCUGGAGAGAAAGGAGAACCUGGUAUUGGAAUCACUGGACCCCCUGGUCUGAUGGGAUCUAAAGGAGAACCAGGAAUUCAGGGCCCUCGUGGACCUUCAGGACCACUUGGAGUGCCAGGAAUUAUGGGACCUCCAGGCCCACAAGGCAGACCAGGACCCCCUGGGCCCCCUGGAGAACCGACAGCACUACCUAUUGUUGGAGACAUGGGGACGUUACUAAAGAACGCCUGCAGUGUGUGUCAGACCAGAGUACCAGGAUUGCCAGGGCAGAAAGGAGAAAAAGGUUCCCUUGGAGCUCCAGGUAUCCCAGGAAUGGAUGGAGAAAAGGGGGAUCAGGGACUUCGGGGCCCAGCUGGUAAUCCCGGAAAAGAGGGUCCGAAGGGAGUGAAGGGUGAGAGAGGCUUUCCUGGUCCAAUGGGGGACAAGGGUGAUGAGGGGUCCCCAGGUGUGCCAGGAUUGCCUGGAUCCACAGGCCGUAUGGGUCCACAGGGACUGAUUGGCAGACCAGGACCUGUUGGGCCCACAGGGCUAAAGGGAGAACGGGGCAGUGAUGGACCGCAAGGCAUACCCGGACCUCCUGGACCUCCUGGUGUUCCAUAUGCAGAGGGCAAUGGAAUGAGCAGUCUCUAUAAGCUUCAGAAUGGAGCAGCUAAUACAGGUCAACCCGGACCACCAGGGCCCCCGGGGCCCAAAGGAGAUGAAGGAGGGAUGGGUGAGCCGGGGCUGAUGGGAUUACCAGGUCUAGAGGGGCUGCCAGGUGCUAAGGGUGAUCCUGGUCUACCUGGUCCACCUGGUGUUCCUGGUCCUACUGGAAAGCCUGGUCCGCGUGGUGAGCUAGGGAUCCCUGGAGAGCCGGGAGAACGAGGGCCUGUGGGAGAGACUGGCUUCCCUGGACCUGAAGGGCCUCCUGGAUCCCCUGGAAGGCCGGGAAAAGAUGGAAUUCCAGGCUAUACGGGAGCCACAGGCAGACUUGGAGACAGAGGUACUAAAGGAGAACGGGGAGAUCCAGGGAUUCCAGGAGAGAGAGGAGUACAGGGAGAAAGAGGCAAAUCUGGAGAAAGAGGGAUCAUUGGUCCUCAGGGGCAGCCUGGACAGAAAGGAGAACCAGGCACACCUGGAUCUUUAACAACACCAGGGACCGUCAACCUGUUGGGUGAUACAGCUGCCUUGGAGGAAAUUAAAACAUUCAUCCGAAAUGAAGUAUUGCGUGUAUUUGAAGAGAGGUUUUCAGACAGUCACGCUUCGCUACAGAAGACACCAGCAGCUAUAUUAGCAGCACAGGGUCGACAAGGCCCUCCAGGGCCACCCGGUAAUGAUGGCUCCCCAGGACCCCCCGGAGAGCCAGGACCUCCAGGUCCCCAAGGGUAUCGAGGGCAGAAAGGGGAACGGGGUCAAUUGGGCUUGGGACUUCCAGGAGCUCCAGGCCCCACUGGCCCACCAGGCUCAUCCGGAAUAGGUUUCCAGGGUCCCAAAGGUGCUCCGGGGCCCCAAGGUCCAGAGGGAAGAUGUAACCCCGGUGACUGCUUCCAUCCUUACGGCAGACGGGACGGAUAGAAUCUGGCGCAUCCUCUUCAAAACCUGAUUAGAUCCUGAAAACCUGUGAACCAGCUCAUCUACGCAAGCAUUAAAUCCUAUUUAAACAAACAUAGGAUCCCUGCUGGAGGAGAAGAAACACGCAAACCUCCCCACAGAGCAGCCAUUACCUGUGAUGUCAAUUCAUCAUUUAUCUCUGUUUCAUUUCCCAUAUUUGUGACCAAUGCAUUUACUCAUUUCCCGUGUUUUGUGGGUAUGACAUGAGAAUUCAAAUCUCAUCAUUACACUAAUCACACCGGACAGGUUUAUCUGAGGCGGCAUGGUCAUGGCGAAUGCAGGUGGAAUGAGAAUUUACAUUUGCUUAUUUUCCUCAAGCUGUUGUGAAGUUGCGUUUUGAUUAAAUUGUGAUGGCUCUAUGCAAUCUAAAAUAGAAAAUGAGUGCGUUAACAAAUAUUAAGUUAAUGUAAAUAACAGACAUUGCAAUUGUUUUUCAAACAUUUAAUUUUGAAAAAUAUUGAAAUAAGUGUACUUUCCAGCCCUGCAGGAGGAACAUUGCUUGAGAAGGGAGUUAUUGUCAUGAUUAUCACCUCGGAUGCAUAUAUAUAUAUAUAUAUAUAUAUAUAUAUAUAUAUAUAUAUAUAUAUAUAUAUAUAUAUAUAUAUAUAU